UUCCACACACCUGAAUUCUUCCACUACUCUGACAGCUCACGUACACUUCCAGCCAAACGCUGCAGGAAGGUGCGCAUAGCUGCAAAAUUCAUCACUCAUGCUCCCCCUGGAGAGUUCAAUGAGGUGUUCAAUGAUGUCCGGUUACUGCUUAACAAUGACAAUCUUCUCAGGGAAGGAGCAGCACAUGCAUUUGCACAGUAUAACAUGGACCAGUUCACUCCAGUGAAGAUAGAAGGGUAUGAUGAUCAGGUCUUAAUCACAGAACAUGGUGAUCUGGGCAAUGGCAGAUUUUUAGACCCAAGAAACAAGCUUUCUUUCAAGUUUGAUCAUUUAAGGAAAGAAGCCAGCGACCCCCAGGCCGAGGACACGGAGUCAGGAUUACGGCAGUGGCGAGACGCCUGCGACAGCGCGCUGAGAGCUUACGUGAAGGAUCACUACCCCAACGGCUUCUGCACUGUUUAUGGUAAAUCUAUAGAUGGACAGCAGACAAUUAUUGCCUGUAUUGAGAGCCACCAGUUCCAGCCCAAAAACUUCUGGAACGGUCGCUGGAGAUCAGAAUGGAAAUUUACCAUCACACCACCAACAGCUCAAGUGGCUGCAGUGCUCAAAAUCCAGGUUCAUUAUUAUGAAGAUGGCAAUGUUCAGCUGGUUAGUCAUAAAGAUAUUCAGGACUCUGUACAGGUUUCAAGCGAUGUCCAGACAGCUAAGGAAUUCAUUAAGAUAAUAGAAAAUGCAGAAAACGAGUACCAGACAGCCAUCAGUGAGAACUACCAGACCAUGUCAGACACCACCUUCAAGGCCUUACGCCGGCAGCUGCCCGUCACCCGCACCAAGAUCGACUGGAACAAAAUCCUCAGCUACAAGAUUGGCAAGGAAAUGCAGAACGCCUAACGAGGAGACCUGGGAAAUGUUUGUGUGCAAAAAAACAAAUGUGGUCCUAUGCCAAGUAGAUGGUUUCUAAACCAGUGCAGCAUUUUUUUUCUAGGGCUUUCAAAGUUAACAGGUUUUCUAGCCUCAGAGAGAACUGUGGAACAAAUAGUGUUGUCUUUGUGUUUUGUGUUUCCUGCCGCAUCAACUUCCUGCUGUGACCCCAUUCACUGGUAGGUCCUUUUAACUAAGCCACAUCCAUGGUUCAGGAGUGUAGCUGUUUUCAGUCACCGAUUGUACCGGUUGGAAAACUUCCUAGCUGGAAAAGCCCUACUCUAAAUAGAGCUGAGGGUGGGGAGCGUGCCCCUCGCCCGUACACAGCACUCCAGGUACUCCAGUAAGUUUGUCAGGCCUGCCAACAGCUCACGGCGCUCUGCUGCAAGGUGUAAUAAAUGCAAACAGAGUAAAUCCUCAUGUACCCUUACCACUGACCUCCACAAAGCAAAAGCCUACAGGCUUUGAUUUUACUAUAGAAAUGAGUUUACAAGAUCC